AUGAGUGAAAAGGUCCAUGUUAAUUUUCUAUCAAAGGACUUCUUCUUGGAGGGUAUCCAUGACCCAAGUUGGGAACCUGGAAUUCACGCUGUCCAUACAGCCGUCCAGAACCUUCCAAUGAAGUUUUUAGGAGGUGUCGCUGUAAAAGAGCUCGACCAUGUUCUGCCACAAUUCCUUUCUGGUUCAAAUGAGGCAAAUGAGGCAAAUAAUGACGGUGAGAACUGGUUCAUCUCCAAAGUUACAAAUAUUAUCGAAAAUUAA